AAAACAAAUAGUUUUAUAAACACGUAUUCAUACAAACCUAGUAUAAAUUUAAUUUAGACGCUAUAUUAAUAUAUAUAUAUAUAUAUAUUGUAGUGAGAACGCUGUUAAAGCAGCAUUGUUGAUUUUGUAUUGUUGGGCUCUGGAGGCUGGUGAACAGAAAAUGGCUGCCACGUUUAACUGGUUUCUUGUAUUGAGCUCGGUGUUUUUAUGCAACCUUGUUAAAUCGUUCCUGCCUUCGAUUUCUUCAUUUCUGUCAAAGAUCUUUCAGAAAGAUGCUGAACAGGAGAUGGAGAUGCGGACAGAGAUCCAGAACAUGAAGAUUGAGCUUUCCACCAUCAGUAUAAUGGAUGAGUUUGCCAGAUACGCUAGAUUGGAGCGCAAGAUCAACAAGAUGACUGACCAGCUAAAGACUCUUGUCAAAUCAAGAACUGCACAGCAGGCAAAAAUGAAGUGGAUUGUGAAUAUUGCCUUCUACAUUCUUCAAGCAGUGCUUAUGAUCUCACUCAUAUUGAAGUAUUAUGCAGACCCAGUUACAGUGGUGCCCAGUAAAUGGAUUUCUCCACUUGAGAGACUAGUAGCCUUUCCAUCUGGAGUCACAGGUGGUGUUGGAAUCACAUGCUGGCUAGUUGUCUGCAACAAGGUGGUAGCCAUUGGUCUACAUGCCGUCAGUUAAACCGAGUUACCUCAAUUAUAUUUCAGUGUUGUCUCAACAUGUGCAGUGACUGGAUUUUUGAUACUUGUUUAAAGUUUCUUUCAAGCUCCAUGAAACGCCUUUGUUUUUUAAAGGGGGGGUUCAAUGGUAUUUCAUGGAUUCUGACUUAUUAACACUGUUUAAGAGUUGUUUCCUCAUGCUAAAAGUAGGAAAAGUGUCAAAAAAGCAGUUGGGCGUGUUACAGAGUAUUUCUGUGCCGAAUGCACUUCGCCAGGGUUCUGACGUUUCAGGGGUUUCUAUACGCAUCACUUAUUUUUAUGGGCACUUCCCCCGGAAAACCCCGCCCACCCGUCAAUCAGCGGGAGACGCUAGAACUUACAAACAUUACAUGACGUGACAGCUUUGUUUAAUUUCAAAACUCAACAAUGGCACGAAAGAAGAAGUGUGUUUUUGGAUGUGAGGAGAAAAAGCCAGCCUUAUGAAAACAAUGGAUAUAGUUUAUUAUCCGGGGUAGCAGCGGAGUUUUGCGUGUGUGUUCGAUGUGCUGGAUUUCAUUGAAAAGUCCCAACGGGGUCAUGAGUUGCAUGCGGUAAGUAAGAACUUGUGUUAUGUUGGAAAUAGGCGCGUGCAUAUUAUAUAAAUGACAGGAACAUGUAGUGAAUCAUAAGUUAAACAGUAUAGUGUUGCAUGACUCGUACUCGCUCCUCCUGCGGUAGUAACUCCUCCUUCUUCAUUUUUUCAUACGUCAUCGGAAAGAUUCGGUAAAGCUAAUCUUUCUUUUAUAAAUCUGAUUAAACUAAAAACUCUUCGGAGAUAUAAAGGAUGUACUCUAUAGGUACUCCAGAUUAACAUCAGAAAUGCAGAAAUGGUGUGUGUUAUGUGGGCUUUAAAUAAUGGUCAUUACAGGUCUGUAGUACAUUGCUUUUAGAAAAACUACAUUAUUUUAUUAAUAGAUUCAAACACAUGCAGCAAACUUGACAUGUCUUUCUGGUUGAAAUAUUUUCUUCCUGUUUAAAUAUUUUUCAUUGUCUUAAGCUUAUGAGUGAUGAAGUUGUAACCAACAAAAGGUGAUAAUUUAUUUUACCAUAUUUGUAUAUUUUGGCUUUUUUGUUACAUUUGUUUAUCAAAACCUGUACCAUAAUUAUUUAAUUCAAUUGUAUUUUUUUCUGUUCAUGCAUUAAAAUGUGGAAAUGCACAUUUAUAAAAUAAAUCAUUUGUAUAGGGACAUU